UACAUUAUAAUGAUAUAUUAUUCGAACUUAAUUGAAUUUUAUUCAAUUAAGUUCGAAUAAGUUUAGUUAUGAUAUAGUUCGAAUAUAUUUAUUCGAAUAUAUUUUUUCGAACUAAAAAAAAUCAAACUGUAAGACCAACACAACUACGCGAUGAGUUUGAGUAAACUUUUUGCUGGUAGGAAGAGGAAUAGUUCAGUAUGGAAAUGGUUUAAAUACGAUGCGUCAUCCGACAAAUCAGUAUGUUUAGUUUUACUUGAUGGUGAAAAAGUAUGCAAUACAAAGUUGUGUGGAAAGAACCCAACAAAUCUUAAACUACAUUUAGCAAGAAACCAUAAGUCUGUACACGUUGAGCUGGAAGAGUCGGAUUUAAAGAAAUUAAGUGAAAAAAAGCAAACAGGGAUAAAGAGAAAAGCAGUGGAUGAAAAUGGACCCACUCUUUUAGAAUCGUCCUCAAAUCAGAACCAGACCUUGAUUCAAUGCAUUAAUCGUAGGAAUACCGCAUGGCCUAUUAAUUCACACGAGCAUAAAAUUCGACUAAACUCUCUUAUUCAAAUGAUAAUUGCAACAUGUAAUCCAGUGACAUUGGUGGAUAAUGCGAGUUUUAGAAAGUUAGUUAAUACCUUGGAUUAUAAAUUUUCAUUGCCUGCUUCUGCCAAAAUUACUAGCCUACUUAAUGAAGAAUUUACUGUUUUAACGAGAAAACUUUGUGACUUCAUAUCUGAAGGCAGGCGCUUCACAAUAUGCCUUGAUGGCUGGACUAAAAAAGGUCUUACUGCGUCCUUUUUAGGAAUUUCGGUUUGUUUUUUUCACUUCAAAUCCGAAAAACCAAUACAUGCUCUGCUUAAUUUGUAUCUUGUGAAACAUCCACAUACAGGUAAACAAAUUGCUAAUUGUUUUGAAAAAUGCCUAAAAUAUUGGAAUAUUUCCAGAGAAAAAAUAUUGCUUGUUAUUUCGGACAAUGGAGCAAACAUGGUCAAAGGCAUAAAGUUGUCGAGAAUGAAAGCUCAAGCUGAACGUGAUAUACUUAUUGAAUUAGAAAGUGAGGUUAAUGAAGAGCAGAUAACAGAUCUGGAAGACGAUGAGAAUAUGACAAAUAGUGAAGAGUGGGAACAUGUUGACUUGAUAGUUGAUGUAAUAGAAAACGUAGCAUUUAGAAGAUUGGGAUGCAUUGCACAUGUUAUACAGCUAGUUGUAAAACUUGCAUAUGAUGGUAAAUAUCAUGGCUUACUUUUGAAGGUACGUGGAUUAGUGGGAAAAGUUCGCAAAUCUUCUGUUGCAUUGGAAAAAAUUAUCAACAAAUGUGGUAAGACUGUGAUCAGCGACUGUUCUACAAGAUGGAACAGCACUUACUUUAUGGUUCGGAGAUUUCUGGAAAUAAAGACAUCUAUCAACGAAGUGCUUGGAGACCUUAACAUUGAUUCACUUGCCAAUAGCGAAUGGAUAAUGCUUCAGGAUUUUGUCAAUCUUUUAGAACCUUUUGCCAAUGAAACUGAUAUUCUUCAGACGGAUGCACUUUCACUAUCCAGUGUUAUACCUUCAAUACUUAAUUUAGAAUGUCACCUUGAGCAAUUUGGAGAUGCCAAAGAUGUAGCAGUUAAAAUGCUUGAAGAUCUACGCCGUCGUUUUGCCGUUCUUUUGCAGCCAAACGAUCCUAGUUUUAAUCCACUGCCAUGUGCCGCAUGUCUACUUGACCCCACAUGUGCAAUAACUCUUUUAGGUAAUGAGCAUACACAAAUCAGAGAGUGUGCAAAGAGAUACAUUUUGUCAGAGGCUAAAUAAUCGGUGCUACAUGAUUUACCUUUAGCAAGUGCAUCUACUCUUUCUGUUGAGAUUGCUCCAGAAAUAAAUGGAUUAACAAAAUGGAAAUUUUUAGCGGCAAAACAGCAAGUAGAAAAAAUAAAGCUUAUUCCAGGUAAUGAAGCACAAAAUGAACUCAACAAAUAUUUUAUUGAAAUAAGGAACAGCUCUAUGUGCCAAAAUGCUUUAAAUUUCUGGAAGAUGAGACGUGCUGUUUACCCACAUAUUGCACCAUUAGCUGAAGACCUCAUUGCAGCUCCUGCAACUCAAGCAUAUGUUGAAAGACUUUUUUCAAUCUGUGGCUUGCUCACAAAUGGAUGGAGAAAUCGAAUGUCAGCGUCAUUGGAAAUGCGAGUUUUCUUAAAACUAAAUUCUCAUCUAGUCUAAAUGAUAAUCAUAUAAUCACUAGGCCCUUUAUUUGUAAAAUAUAUGAGUAAUAAUUAAAGUCUAUACAAUAACUAUUCAUUAGUUUUUAUUGUUACCAAAUUUGAGGAGUUUUUUUUAUACCUAAUAAUUGAAAUUUUUUUAAGUUUUAGAGCAAUAAGGACAGGUUGUUGUGGUGUUUUUUAUUAAGGGCGGUGGGCGGGGCUCUAAACUUCCAGCCAUGGGACUGGGUGUAUUACAUUUAAUUAAGUUCUCAUUUUUUUGUUUGUUUAUAGAACUAAGACUUACU